UAGAUAGAUGAUAGAGCACCAGCACCAGUCAGGAGGACCCUAGUUUAAACCUGGCUCAGGCUUGUGGGGCAGAGUGACAAUGGGGCCCAAGUCCGAGCUAACAACUCUACUGUCUCCCUCAGCCAACUCCCUCAGCCGUCUCCAGCUUCUGCCAGUGGCCCGGGAGGGAGCCCACCCAUGGACCUACAACCUAGUUACAAUGUGACAUCGGUGACAGAGUUCAUCUUGCUGGGGCUGACAGAGAGGUGGGAACUGCAGCCGGUCCUUUUCGCCGUCUUUCUCUUGGCCUACGCAGCCACGGUCGGUGGCAACAUGGGCAUCUUGGCUGCCAUUUUGGUGGAGCCCAAGCUGCAUACGCCCAUGUACUUCUUUCUGGGGAAUCUGUCGCUGUUAGAUAUCGGCUGUGUCAGCGUCACGGUGCCCCCAAUGCUGGCGCGACUUCUAUCCCACGAGCAGGCUGUCCCCUUUGCCGCCUGCCUCUCCCAGCUCUUCUUCUUCCACCUGCUGGCUGGAGUUGACUGCUUCCUACUGACCGCCAUGGCCUAUGACCGCUUCCUAGCCAUCUGCCGCCCCCUCACCUAUACAACUCGCAUGGGCCGAGGAGUCCAGGGAGCACUCGUGGCUGCAUCUUGGGCCUGCUCGCUCGGAAACGCGUUGACCCACACGGUGGCACUAUCCACGCUGGACUUCUGCGGCCCCAAUGUGGUGAACCACUUCUACUGCGACCUCCCCCCUCUCUUUCGCCUGGCCUGCUCCAGCACUCGCCUCAACGAGCUGCUGCUCUUCGCUCUGGGCGUGGUCAUGGCCGGAGCCCCCACGGUCCUCAUCGUCACUUCCUACCUGCACGUGGCGGCUGCCGUGCUGAGGAUCCGCUCGGCAGAGGGCCGCAAGAAGGCCUUCUCCACCUGCAGCUCCCACCUGGCCGUGGUGGGCAUCUUCUAUGGGGCUGGCAUCUUUAGCUACAUGCGCCUGGGUUCCGUCGAGGCCUCAGACCAGAGCAAAGGGGUUGGGAUCCUCAACACCGUCCUCAGUCCCAUGCUCAACCCGCUCAUUUACAGCCUCCGGAACCCAGACGUGCAGGGAGCCCUGCGCCGGGUUUUCACCGGCCGGAGAGUCUCGGCAUGAGAUGACCAGUGGUCCAGGCCCUUGCCUCCGGGAUUACUGAGGUCUUUCCAAGGUCCUCUGUGGUCUCUCAGCUCUCUCCACGACAACAGGGGGCAUCCGUUGCCCCUCAGCCCCCGGCAACCUAGGCCGCUAGCCCAAGUCUUUAGAGGGAAGCAGGAGUCUCCUAAGUCUUUGUGUAGCCCGAACGUUCUAGGAAUGAGUAGUGUUUCCUGGCCUGGGGUAGCCCUGAGCCUAAGGGCCCCUUCCUCAGCAGUCCCUCCCUCCUCCCACAGUCAGCCCCCCCACUUUUCUCCUCUCUUUGGCCGGGAGCUGAUGGGGCUAGAUCUCAGCUCGAGGUGAUGGAGGCCUUAGACUUUUUUCCCUCGCUAGUUUCCGAGGUUUCUCGUAGAGCUGCAGCCAUCCUCUCGCUUGCCUUGGCGGGACCACGACGAAAGGCAAGGGCCGGCCCAGGCCGAGGUGUGCAAGCGUUAGGGAGCCCUUUCUGCUCCGGGCUUAGGGGGUCACCUCAGAUAAUUCCUCGGUAUGCACGGCAGGGACAGAAAGAAGCCGUCCCCUCCCCUUCCCUCCUCCCCCAUCUAAAGCGUCAGCCGCUUGAGGCUUCUUCCCUUGGACCUCCCUCUCCCCCCAUUUCUCUCCUCAAACCAAAGCUAAGAAGAAUGGGUGACAGCCAGAGCUUGAGCACGUGUCCCCGAGGAAAGACAGAGAGGAGUGAAAGAAGAGAAAGGGGGACAGAGGGGGACAGAAAUGGGCAAAGGCGCUGGGAAUGAUGGAAAGAGGUGGGAUCCUUCCUAGGACAGGCAGCUCACUCGAAGGCACUCAUCCCGCCACACCCUUCACCUCUGUGGCGGGCUGCAGCCUGGCGGCCUCACCCCUCACCUCUCUCAACUUUCCCCCCAACUUUGUCCCGAUCCG